AUGACGGAGCAAUCAAGCGCGGUACCAGAGCCGCGUGCAUUCCUGACAGAGAAUCCUCUGCAGGCUGACGAUGAGGGUUUUGACGACGGUGCCUCCCUAAAUUCAUACGAGAACGGCCGUCGCUAUCAUGCAUUUCGCGAGGGCAGCUACUUUGUGCCCAACGACGAGGAAGAGCAGGGCCGUAUGGAUCUAGUCCACCACAUCUACCGGCUCAUACUCGGAGGAAAGCUGUACUUGUCGCCUCUGAAGGACCAGGUCGGCCGCGUGCUCGACAUGGGCACUGGAACUGGCAUCUGGGCCAUGGACUUUGCCGAUGAGCAUCCAGAGGCCGAAGUGCUGGGCACGGAUCUGAGUCCUAUCCAGCCGAACUGGGUCCCGCCUAAUUGCAUCUUUGAGAUCGAAGACUUUGAGUCCGACUGGCUCUAUGGCCGUCCGUUUGACUUUGUCUUUGGUCGCGAGCUGGAGGCCUGCAUCGCCGACGACCGGGCCUUGUUCCGCCGCGUCUUUGAGAAUCUCAAGCCUGGCGGCUACUUUGAGAUGCAGGGCGUCAACCCGGAGUUUCUGUCCGACGACGACACGGCGAAGAAGGCCCUCAACGCGAACAAAUGGAUGCAGCUCAUGGUCGACGGCGCCGCCAAGUUUGGCAAGCCCUUUGACACGCCCAUCCACUGGAAGGAAAAGUUCAUCGAGGCCGGUUUUGUUGAUGUGAAGCAGGAGGUUCGCAAGCUCCCUAUAGGCGCCUGGCCGAAAGACCCCAAGCUCAAGGAAAUCGGCAGGGCGCAGUCAUACCAGGAGCUGCAGGUCAUCGACUCGUACACACCGGGCCUGCUGUCACGUGGUCUCGGCUGGUCCGCCAUUGAGAUCAACGUCUUCAUGCCAAUGGUUCGCACAGAUCUCAAAAAUCCCGACAUCCAUCUCUACCUGCCCGUCUACUUUGUCUGGGGACGGAAGCCCUAA